UCUAAAUUCCUCCUUUUCUUGUACCAAAAAAAAAUCAGAGAAUUUGUUAUCUUAGACUUAACUAAUUUUCAGCUCUUUUUCAACAUUUCUAUCCAACGAACUUCAUAAUUUUGUUCUAGAGACCCUUUAAAUUUUUGUAACUAGCCAUGAAAUUUUAAUUUAUGUGGCAAUUAAUUGCUUACUAGCCAUGAUUUUCAUGCUCAUAGCUGAGAAUUUGUAACUGUAUAUAUGUAAUGUUGCAGUGUUAUUAGAUCGAGGAUAUUAUCUCAUCAUCUCUUAGAUGUUCUCUCUUUUGCUCACUAUUUCAGCUCUUUUCAAGAUUUUUAUACAAAGAACUUCUACAUACUACUCUAGGUAGAAAUCCUUUUUUUCUUGGUAAUUAGCUAUGGAAUUUUAAAUUUUAUGGCUAUUGUUUGAUACUAGCUACAAUAAUUCGUGCGCGUACUUGAAGAUUUGUAACUGUAUAUGCAUAAAGUUGCAGUGUCAAUAAUAGAAGAUAUUAUCUUGUCAUCUUUUGGAGCUUCUUUUUUACUCACUAUUUUCAACUCCUUUUCAAGAUUUCUAUCCAAAGAACUUCAAAAUACUGCUCUAGCUAGAAAAAUCCUUUUUUUUUUUUUUAAUGUAACUAGCCAUGGAAUUUUAUUAUUGUAGCUGCUAGCCACAAUCUUCAUACUCAAUAAUCGAGAAUACAUAAUUAUAUAUGUAUAAUGUUGCAGUGUCAUUAAUUAGGGGAUAUACUCCAUAUGCUUUCCUCCAUAUUUUUCCAUUUUCAUCUUCAACUUUGACCAUGCUAGACUUGGUCAAGUCCAUAUGUUUGACCGCCAAUAGUCCUCUUACCGACCAAUAAAUUUUUCAGUCAAUAAUAGUUGAUAAUUAAGUUGUUCUCCCUAUUUCUGGAAUCACUUCAUUUUUCAGUCCACCUCAAAAAAAGGGAUUUUUAGGGUACAUCUGUUUUCUUGCUCGUUAGCGCUUCACGUAUUAUAAGAUUAAAGCAUACUUCACUUGUUCAGUACCAUAUACUUCCAAUGGAUUUUGCAAGAACAAAAGGAAAUUUCACUUCAAGAAACACUAUCCAGAGCAACAAUAAUACUCUCUCAGCUCCUCCAUUGAGUCGAUAUGAGAACCAGAAACGUCGAGAUUGGAACACUUUUUGUCAGUACUUAAGGAACCACUAUCCGACCCCAUUGUCGCUUCUUCAUUGCAGCAGCGUUCAUGUUCUGGAAUUUCUAAGGUACCUAGACCAAUUCGGCAAGACUAAAGUCCAUAACCCAAACUGCCCAUUUUUUGGGGUGCCAGAUCCUCCGGCACCCUGCACUUGCCCUUUAAGGCAAGCUUGGGGAAGCCUUGACGCCCUUAUAGGGCGUCUUCGAGCUGCUUAUGAAGAACAUGGAGGGAAUUCAGAAAUGAACCCGUUUGGAGCUCGAGCAGUUAAGCUUUUUUUACGCGAUGUUCGUAAUUUUCAGUCUAAGUCUAGAGGCAUUAGCUAUGACAAAAAAAGGAAAAGAUCAAGAAAAAAUCAGAAGAUAAUAGCAGUGGCAGAAGGUCAUGAUCAGACACAUGAUAAUGCAGGUGCAACUCUAUGUGGACAGACUAAUAUUGUUAAUUAAUGAGUGUUUUUCUAGAGUUUAAUUAACUUUUGGACAAUGUAAAAUAAGAAUAUCAUUUUGCAUAUAUUAACUUUUUUUCAAUUGUAAGGUGGUUUUAGAUAUAGUUUAUUACGAAUAUGUAAUGCUCUCAAGACAGUUACUUUUGUUGUAUUGUUUUUCUUGUUUUUCAUGGGUGAUAGUUGAAGUGGAUAUUAUUACGAUGUUAUGCUAUAAACCUUCUGUGCUGCCA